GGGGGUAUAUAAACCUCGAGGGAACCCUAACUGCGGGAUUUGGGCGUAAAAGAAGAUACGAAGCCGUAGAAGAGGGCUCCAGUCUCUGUUCUGUGGAGCGCGAAACUUCAUCAUAUCGGGAAGACAACCGGAGAAGAUCAAACCCCCCCACGGAAAAGGGAGAACAUGGAUCGUUACCAGAGGGUCGAGAAGCCGAGGGAGGAGACCCCAAUAGACGAGAAUGAGAUAAGGAUUACCAGCCAGGGGAGGAUGCGCAGCUACAUCACCUACGCCAUGAGUCUGCUUCAGGAGAAAGGAUCGGACGAGAUUGUGUUCAAGGCCAUGGGAAGAGCUAUCAACAAGACGGUCACUAUUGUGGAACUUAUCAAGAGAAGAAUUGUGGGUCUCCACCAGAUAACUUCCAUUGGAUCCAUAGACAUAACUGAUACAUGGGAGCCCCUGGAGGAGGGUCUUGUUACCCUGGAGACCACAAGGCAUGUGUCAAUGAUCACAAUUACCCUGUCAAAGAACCAACUGGACAAGGCAGCUCCUGGGUACCAGCCUCCAUUACCUGCGGAUCAGGUGAAAGCCUCUCCUGAGCUUGAAUAUGAAGGAGAAGGUUCACCAAGUCGCCGAGGCAGGGGCCGUGGCGGAAGAGGAAGGCUGAGGCCUAGAGGGAAUGGAUAUAUGAAUGCUGGGUAUGGGAAUGCUGAGUAUGAUGAUGGAGGCUAUGACCGCAACAAAGGCUAUGCUAGAGGAAGGGGCCGUGGAAGAGGGCGUGGUUUCCGUGGCCGUGGCAGGGGAGGAUACAACGGGCCACAGCCUGAUGCUCAUCAGGACAGAGGCUACAAUUAUGAGCCGCCUGCUCAGGGCCGUGGCCGUGGUCGUGGCAGGGGAGGACCUCGUGGAAGAGGACGUGGUGGGUACAGAUCAAAUGGACCGAUGCAGCCUGCUGCAUGAUGAGGUGCUUAAAGUAGGAAUGCUCUGCUCUCUAGUUGGUUGCUUGUCAUCCUUUGCAUCGUUUCAGUGGUUUCCCUUUGCGACUAAUGUCUCUUUUCUUUUUAACCUAUAGGGAGUUAUCGUGUAACCGAUGGGUCGAUCUAUCUUUUCAUAGACAUAUGAUGAUGGGAGGAUAGUUUGUUCUUGAACUCCUCCUUGGGCUAUUCUUUCCUUUCUUUUUCCCCCACCAUGUUUGUAGUGAAAUAGGUUUUGAUAAGGAAAAGUCGGAGCCGAAUUGACUCUCAUUGUCUAGUUUUUUUGACUCUUUAGAUUUGCCCUAUUUAUUCAUUUCAAUUUUUGUUUGGAGAGUUAGUCCUUGUUCUCUAUUUCCAAUAGUUAUUACAUAGUUUGGAUUUGCAGAUCAUACUUUAUGAAACAGAAAUAACAGCUCAUGGACUGGUCGGGAGUUGAAUCUUUUUA